AUGUCUUCUCCAUCCAGUCAACGACGUCACUCGUCUCUGCUGCCUGCUGAAGCCUUUGCAACUGAUGACGACUCGGACUAUCUGCCAUGGCAGAUUGCCUUCCGAGUCAAGUUCCCUAGUGAGAAGCUCGGAUUACGCUUUCACCCGGCUCAAUUCCCAGACACAGGCAAUGGCAUCUACACAAUACGUUUACUGGAGCUCACCAGGGGAGCUGACGGCAGUGGGCCGGCUCAACAGUACAAUAAGCACUUGCAGCCCGGACAGGAACACUUGACGCUGCGGCCUGGGCUGUAUCUGACCCACAUCAAUGACAACCAUCUGGUUGAAGUGCCCUGCGAAGAGAUCAUUCAGAGCCUGCAGACAACUCCACGGCCUAUUACACUACGCUUUGUUGAUGUUGAAGCGGGUGUGGUGACUCGCCACGAAUUACGAGAAUCAUUGCGCUUAGACGGCGAUGAACUGUCUGCUGCUAUCGCACAACUUCCAGGUUCCUCGAAUACCUCUCCGCGACGACAUCCUCCAUCGCCAACCAAGAUUAUAAGUGAACACAUAUACAAGAUUAUUCUACUGGGCACAGCAGGUGUGGGCAAGAGCAGUCUCUUGGCUGUGGCAACAAACGGCGACGACGCGUACAUGGAUCGACGUCCGCCAACACUAGAGGCGGAGUUCGGCACUAUUGAGUUCCCAGACCCAAGCGACUACAGCGGCACGAAAUUUACCAAGGCCCGGAUCUGGGAUACUGCCGGGCAGGAGCGCUUCCGAGCCAUCACUCGGUCGCACUACCGUCGUGCAGAUGGUGCUCUGCUUGUGUACGACGUCAGUGACGCGCAGAGUUUCGAGCGUCUCAGCGAGUGGCUCCAUACGCUACGCGAGACUGCAGGUGAUUCGCUCACCGCAGCGAUGGUGCUCGAGAACAAAGUGGACAAACUGCCUAAAGACUCGAGACCAGCCAAAUACGCACAGCCAGAGAAGGUUAAAGCUUUUUGUGAGGCUCAAAACCUCCUGUUCGCGCGUACAACUGCGAAGCUUAACGCUCGUGCAAGGGAAUGGGACGGUGCACUCAAAGUGUUCGACGCUGUGCGGCAGCUAGUGCUCCACAUCCACGAGACGCGCACGCGCCCGGUGUCCCCUUCCAAGCAGACUGAAAUCGCCAAGACCACCGACAGGACCGAGUCAAUCAAGCUGACCGCGGCAAUAACCACUCAGCCCAAGAAAUCCAAGCUGCUGGAUGACUGUGGAGGCUGCAAUCAAUAG